CUUUAUUUUUCAUCAGGGUCAUAAAUCACUAACCUCUUGAAUAGCCUGUAUUUAAACUCUAUUUCGGAAGGAGCCCUAAUGGCGCCUUCAACAUUUUAGCGCCGUUUGCGUGCAGAAUAAGAAAAUAAUUAGUCAUAUAAAACACAUGUAAUAAGGUUAUUGAUCGCCUGAGGUCGUGCCACAGUUGUCAAUCCUGUUUGUAAAGUUCUCUGAGGAAUCAAAGGCUUACCGACUUCCUGUGAAAGAUACUGUCAGUAUUGACAGACGGUGUAUCCUCUAAAUUAGUCAAUAGUUGGCUUUCCGCUUCUAAGUGGUCUUAACUGAAGAUUUAUUAAGAUUCUGAGGAAAAUUAAUUCGAAAUCAGUUGAAUUAGCGGCUCGCGACAUCUGAAGAGCGCAUAUCGUAUGUUCCGUUGGCCACUUGUCUCCAGGUCUUGCGUGUUAAACUGCCGAUAGCAGUCUGUGAUAACCUUCGCUCUUGAAUCUUCAAUUUCCAUCUGAUAACUUCAUCUACUGACAGACCACAGACACUGCCAAGGCAAGUCUAUUUUUGAUACUGAUCGUUUACAAAUAAAAGCCUUAAUAGUGACUGUAAAUGUUUUAUUGUUCCUGGUAGUAUUGUAUUGGUGCACGCGCUGUUCGUGACUUGCUCUGUUUGGGCGCCACAUCGUAUCGCCACCUCGUAUCGCCACCUCGGUUUAAGCCGCGUUAAACUCUCUUGACUACACGUUGAUCUGAGGAUCCGCUGUGGUCUGAAAAGCUCUAUAAGAACUGAACGAGAAACAAGAACGUGGUCAGACUGGUAUUUUCCAGAAAUAAAAGAGGAAGCAUUUCAAGAGUGGUACACCAUGAAUUUACAAGUUAAGUUUGCGCUGAUGUGCGCGGUGUGUGUGAUGUGCGUAUUUAAAUCGUGUGAAGCUCGAUCCAAACGAAUUCGACCUGUGAUCCACAAAUCAUUGCUUGUUGUUGACGAACAAGGAAUCGAUGUAAUCACAGAUGCGUCCGAGUUGACCAAGAAUGCUAUGACCAAGUCUCGCAAACGGAUUUUUAUGGACGACCACAAUUUUAUCAAGCGGGUGGCAUUGGUUGAGUCUUUCCUAAACAAAACAUCGAAGGAAGGCGGGCCGUGGAGCAUAGAAGAGUGCGCUUUUAAAUCGACGCAAAACAAGCGGAAGGAAAACAAGCAGCUGGCUGCGCUUCACAAGAACAUACGCCGUACAUUUGGUGUGACUUGGUCCAAAAUCAAAUACAGAGAUUUACGGAGACCCCUUUACUCCGUUUUGGCCGCCAGGAUUAUCCUGGAAAUGGCUGUACCGUCAAUUCCCCGUGGUUUGAGAAAUCAAGCCAGGCUUUGGUUGGAGACCUACCAUGAAUGCGCAAAGAAACUCAGCCACCCACAAGUAUGGGAAGACACGAGGAGCAGAUUUAUACGAGUUGUGAAGAAUUCUUGUGCCAGUAACUUUCUAAAGUGUGAACAUGUCUGCCGUGAGUCAAGCAAGGGUAGAGCGAAAUGUGAGUGCCAGUAUGGCUAUACCUUGCAAAAUGACGGCGUGUCUUGUUCAGACGGAGCUUCUCGUUCUUCAAGCGGGACUAAAGCACCCUCUCCCGAGCUGGAAGUUGAAACCGGAUGUGGGAAUGGGCUUAAGUGUGAUCAUAGGUGUGUUGAAUUUGGCGGUGUCCCUCAGUGCGCAUGUCAUAAUGGUUACCAGCUGCAUAUGAAUGGUUUUACCUGUGAUGAUAUUGACGAAUGCCGGCAUUCGCCAUGUUCACAGCUGUGCAAAAAUACCCCAGGCUCAUUUUCCUGUUCGUGCCAGGCGGGUUUCAAGAUUCAGUCAGAUAAGGUUACCUGUGAAGAAGAGAAGACUAAGUGUUCAAUGAAUGAUAUCGCUUGUAUUCAGAGAUGUACCGAGUUUGGAAACUGCUCCUGUCCACCAGGUACCGCCAUGGGUCCAGAUGGCCAAACAUGUGUCGAGGUAAAUGAAUGCAGCUUAUUCAAAGGUGUUUGUCAUCAGAACUGUAUCAACACGCCCAGAGGGUACCGCUGCACAUGUUCCAAGGGAUAUGAAUUGAAUGUGAAUGGAAUUUCCUGUUCAGAUAUCGACGAAUGCGCACGAGGUAUCCAUGGCUGCCACCACAACUGUCGUAAUGUUCCUGGAUCUUACUUCUGCUCAUGUAGCAAAGGAUUCCAGCUCAGUGAUGACCUGAAGUCAUGUGUUGAUAUAAACGAGUGUGCAUUGUACCCUGGGAUAUGCCCCCUUCCUUCGCGAUGCCGCAAUACCAUUGGAAGCCACACUUGUGAUUGUCCCAAGGGAUUUGUUAAUCACAGACACAAGAUUUGUAUCGACGAGAACGAAUGCGCAAACUCCAAUGGCGGCUGUGACCAGGUGUGUCAGAACUACCCAGGAAGUUACCGAUGCUCCUGCAAGUAUGGGUUUAUGUUACAGUCUGACAGGAAAUCAUGCAAAGAUAUCGACGAAUGUUCCAGAUAUUCGUUCCUUUGUCAGCAUAAAUGUGUUAACACGCCGGGAAGCUACAAAUGUACCUGUCCACCUGGUCUGCGGCAACCUAUAAACGGCUUUAUGUGUAUGUAGAAAUAACAGUGUUUCCUUUGUACUGUGAGUGAGAUUCUCUGACAGCCUCACCACUCACGCACUUGGGCAAAGGUUAUAUUUCCUCAUUAAAACACUGUUAAAGAACCCAAAGAUUCUGUUGGAGUAAAAACAUCCAAUUUUCAAGAUAAUGCUUUCGUCUUCAGAAGAAUAGAACAGUAAUUGAGUCAGAAUUGUUUCAAUGUAAAUUCAAGCUUAGUGCAGUAGGUAAGACCAUAAAAGAGGAUCAAAAUAUUUAUUUCAACCUAUCGAGGACUGCUGCUUGACAAAACGGCGAGAGGCUGUAUCAUGUCAACCUUUGAGAGUGG